CUCGCAAGGCGCCUGCCAUCUUGGCUGCGGGCAGAGCUCGCCCGGACUACGGAAGCCGGUGAGCGGUGAGAGGCGGGGUUCAGUGCGGAGGUCAGUGCUUCGCAGUCGCUGUCAGUGAGUGAUGCAACGUGGGUUACCCAGAUGGCCACCCCCUCCACCAGCUCUGCUCUGCCCGCUCCUCCGGCUGGCAAUGUACUCAGCCAGGUGUUCAGACAUGUCCGCUAUGAGAACCUGGCGGCCGGCCUGAGCGGGGGGGUCAUCUCCACCCUGGUACUGCACCCCCUGGACCUGGUCAAGCUCAGAUUCGCAGGUAUGGACACUGUCUGCCCUCACCCACCAUGGUUCCUGGUCAUUAGAGGAUCUAUCCUUCAUGUAGAGGGACCUUCCUGGUCAUUAGAGGAUCUAUCCUUCAUGUAGAGGGACCUUCCUGGUCAUUGGAGGAUCUGUCCUUCAUAUAGAGGGACCUUCCUGGUCAUUAGAGGAUCUAUCCUUCAUGUAGAGGGACCUUCCUGGUCAUUAGAGGAUCUGUCCUUCAUGUAGAGGGACCUUCCUGGUCAUUAGAGGAUCUAUCCUUCAUGUAGAGGGACCUUCCUGGUCAUUAGAGGAUCUGUCCUUCAUGUAGAGGGACCUUCCUGGUCAUUGGAGGAUCUAUCCUUCAUGUAAAGGGACCUUCCUGGUCAUUGGAGGAUCUAUCCUUCAUAUAGAGGGACCUUCCUGGUCAUUAGAGGAUCUAUCCUUCAUAUAGAGGGACCUUCCUGGUCAGAGGAUCUAUCCUUCAUGUAGAGGGACCUUCCUGGUCAUUAGAGGAUCUAUCCUUCAUGUAGAGGGACCUUCCUGGUCAUUAGAGGAUCUAUCCUUCAUGUAGAGGGACCUUCCUGGUCAUUAGAGGAUCUAUCCUUCAUGUAGAGGGACCUUCCUGGUCAUUGAGGAUCUAUCCUUCAUGUAGAGGGACCUUCCUGGUCAUUAGAGGAUCUAUCCUUCAUAUAGAGGGACCUUCCUGGUCAUUAGAGGAUCUAUCCUUCAUGUAGAGGGACCUUCCUGGUCAUUGGAGGAUCUGUCCUUCAUGUAGAGGGACCUUCCUGGUCAUUGGAGGAUCUAUCCUUCAUGUAGAGGGACCUUCCUGGUCAUUGGAGGAUCUAUCCUUCAUGUAGAGGGACCUUCCUGGUCAUUAGAGGAUCUGCCCUUCAUAUAGAGGGACCUUCCUGGUCAUUAGAGGAUCUGUCCUUCAUGUAGAGGGACCUUCCUGGUCAUUAGAGGAUCUGCCCUUCAUAUAUAGAGGGACCUUCCUGGUCAUUAGAGGAUCUAUCCUUCAUGUAGAGGGACCUUCCUGGUCAUUAGAGGAUCUGUCCUUCAUAUAUAGAGGGACCUUCCUGGUCAUUAGAGGAUCUGUCCUUCAUAUAUAGAGGGACCUUCCUGGUCAUUAGAGGAUCUGUCCUUCAUGUAGAGGGACCUUCCUGGUCAUUAGAGGAUCUGUCCUUCAUGUAGAGGGACCUUCCUGGUCAUUAGAGGAUCUAUCCUUCAUGUAGAGGGACCUUCCUGGUCAUUAGAGGAUCUAUCCUUCAUGUAGAGGGACCUUCCUGGUCAUAAGAGGAUCUAUCCUUCAUGUAGAGGGACCUGCCUAGUCAUAAGAGGAUCUAUCCUUCAUGUAGAGGGACCUGCCUGGUCAUUAGAGGAUCUAUCCUUCAUGUAGAGGGACCUUCCUGGUCAUUAGAGGAUCUAUCCUUCAUGUAGAGGGACCUUCCUGGUCAUUAGAGGAUCUAUCCUUCAUGUAGAGGGACCUUCCUGGUCACUAGAGGAUCUAUCCUUCAUGUAGAGGGACCUUCCUGGUCAUUAGAGGAUCUAUCCUUCAUGUAGAGGGACCUUCCUGGUCAUUAGAGGAUCUAUCCUUCAUGUAGAGCGACUUUACUGGUCAUUAGAGGAUCUAUCCUUCAUAGAGAGGGACCUUCCUGGUCAUUAGAGGAUCUAUCCUUCAUGUAGAGGGACCUUCCUGGUCAUUAGAGGAUCUAUUCUUCAUGUAGAGGGACCUUCCUGGUCAUUAGAGGAUCUAUUCUUCAUGUAGAGGGACCUUCCUGGUCAUUAGAGGAUCUAUUCUUCAUGUAGAGGGACAUGCCUGGUCAUAAGAGGAUCUAUCCUUCAUGUAGAGGGACCUGCCUGGUCAUUAGAGGAUCUAUCCUUCAUGUAGAGGGACCUGCCUGGUCAUUAGAGGAUCUAUCCUUCAUGUAGAGGGACCUUCCUGGUCAUUAGAGGAUCUAUCCUUCAUGUAGAGGGACCUUCCUGGUCAUUAGAGGAUCUAUCCUUCAUGUAGAGCGACCUAGAGCGACUUUCCUGGUCAUUAGAGGAUCUAUCCUUCAUAGAGAGGGACUUUCCUGGUCAUUAGAGGAUCUAUCCUUCAUAGAGAGGGACCUUCCUGGUCAUUAGAGGAUCUAUCCUUCAUAGAGAGGGACCUUCCUGGUCAUUAGAGGAUCUAUUCUUCAUGUAGACAGACCUUCCUGGUCAUUAGAGGAUCUAUUCUUCAUGUAGAGGGACCUUCCUGGUCAUUAGAGGAUCUAUUCUUCAUGUAGUGGAACCUUCCUGGUCAUAAGAGGAUCUAUCCUUCAUGUAGAGGGACCUUCCUGGUCAUUAGAGGAUCUAUCCUUCAUAGAGAGGGACCUUCCUGGUCAUUAGAGGAUCUAUCCUUCAUAGAGAGGGACCUUCCUGGUCAUUAGAGGAUCUAUCCUUCAUGUAGAGGGACCUUCCUGGUCAUUAGAGGAUCUAUUCUUCAUGUAGAGGGACCUUCCUGGUCAUGAAAAGCUCUCCCCUGCAGUAUACAUCAUCCAUAUGCUGCAUUAGUAUUCAUACACUUUCUGUUAUUUAAUACUACUAUAUAAUCAGUCAUAGGUAGCCAUGGUGGUUAGCAGCCCAUCAUGAGGUAUACAGUCUAGGACUCAGGCAUUGGCAACCUUAGGCACUCCAGAUGUUUUGGACUACACCUCCCAUGAUGCUUUGCCAGCAUUAUGGGUGUAAGAGCAUUCUGGGAGAUGCAGUCCACAACAUCUGGAGUGCCGAAUGUUGCCUAUCUUAUUAUCAUAAGAAUUAGGGGAACUCCAGAUUGAUUAACAUUACAAUCCAAUUUUUGCCAUUUAACAUUAGGGUCAGGCUAAGUAUCAUAACCGCUACAGCUCGAUGAGACUAGGAGACCCCUUACAUUUUCUGUCAAAUGAGUAGUUUAAAAAAAAGAAUUAAUACAGGGCAUAAGACUAUUGCUCUCUGCAGUUUGAUAAAAAAUAAUGGGGGUAGCAUGAGUGUUGUACAAUUUAAGAUAAUUAGCAGAGCUAGUUAAAUUAGGGGAUUUGGGGAAAAAAUCUAAUUUGUUUGCUUUAGUUUAAAAAUAGCAGAUUGCAUGUUAGAAGCCCCAUAAUUUCUGAUUCAGUAAAUUAAACCUCUCUGUCCAUAAUAUUGAACAGAUUGCAUAAUUCCCAUGCUCGUGUGGAGCAGACUAUAGUUUUGCAGAUUGUUUACAACUUGUAUGUACUCUUUAACCACUUUUCUUUGCUUUUUCAGUGAGCGAUGGCUUGGCGUUGCGACCUCAAUACAAUGGCAUCUUCCAUUGUUUGUCCACAGUGUGGAAGCGGGAAGGUCUGCGUGGACUGUAUCAGGGGGUCACUCCUAAUAUGUGGGGAGCUGGAGCAUCCUGGGGCCUUUACUUUCUAUUGUAAGUGGAGUAAUGUUAAAUUUGCAUUGCUUAGUGGCUUUAAAAUGUGAGGUCAGAAAUACUGAACAUUUAAUCUGUAUCCUGUCCUGUACAUGCUUCUUAUUACAUUUUACCAACUCUUUGUCACGUCUCUCACCUACCAAAAUAUAGAUACACUUUUCCGCAUCUAGCAUUGCUGCUAAGCUGUUAAUUGACAUUAUAGCCAACAAAUGCAUUCCCAAAGCUUUGCUGAUUACUUUACAUUGGUUUUCCCAAGCCGAUUUUGAGUUAAUUGGUAGACCCAAUUUUAAGGGCCAAUCCUGCCAGAAAGUACAUGGAAUAAGAUGUAUAAUCUAAUUUAGUUUAUAACUCCUUUCUCCAACCUAAUCUCUAAAUGGUGACUGGGCUCCACUUUGAAACGUUAUAGAAUGUUGCCCUAGUCGAAGCGAAUUUUGGUCCAGUAACAUAUGGAGAACAUAUUGUAUCUGUUCCUAAUCGAGAGAUCCCGGUAGCCUUUACUAUGAAGUUGGUAGCAGCUGUUGGGAUAACUACUGCUCCCUCUGUGCUCCAAACAUUCUUUAAACUUUUACUGUGCUAAUAUUAACCUGCCUUUGUUUACUGCAAUUCUGAAGAGCUUAGGCUAGUUAAUAUUAGUAACACAGUGGGCCAUUUGAUUUGUGCAGAAUAAACUAUUAACCUACUUCGAAAGAGAGAUUUAAUGAAAUCUAAGAAGGGUUGAAAUAGAAAUUUAAUUGAAGGGUUAUAUGGUUUCCUUACUCCAUUGUACCUGUUUUUUGUUUUUUUUCUCAAGCUAUAAUACCAUCAAAGCUUAUAAGAAGGAAGGGAGAGUUGAAAAUCUCAGUGCGACUGAGCAUCUCUUGUCAGCUGCUGGAGCAGGUGAGAUCAUUAAUUGUGCUGUAUGUUACCCCUGAUCAAAUCUUACACCAGUGACAACUCCACAUUGGAGCUCCAUCUGAUUGCAGUAUUCGCUCAACAGUGAGAGGGCUAAACAAAUCUCGAUAAAUUAAGUUUUACAAUGUUCCUACCCUUAUUCCUGAUUGAGAUUACAAGUAUCAAUUUGCCCUUGUGAGGAGGUUAUGGAAUCACAUACAUAGGUUAUGCAGACAGUUCCAUCAUACUUAAUGUGUUCCAAGAUUCAUUAUAAAGUGAUGGGAGGAAUAGUAUGGGUAUAUAGAGAAAAAACCUCUCUCCCUGUUAAUAUAGCUGGAUCGGUUAAGGAGGUAAGAGAUAAGAGAAUUAUUUAAAUAAUCACGUUUAAACUUGUGGAAAACAAUCUGUGAACUAACGUGCCCAUACUUAUAUUUUGGUACGUUAGUUCACGGUUUGUUUUCCACAAGUUUAAACGUGAUUAUUUAUCUCUUACCUCCUUAACCGAUCUAGCUAGGUUAACAGGGAGAGAGGUUUUUUCUCUAUAUACCCAUACUAUUCCUCCUAUCACUUUAUAAUGAAUCUUGGAACACAUAAAGUAUGAUUGAACUGUCUGCCUAACCUAUGUAUGUGAUUGCAUAACCCCCCUCACAAGGGCAAAUUGAUACUUAUAAUCUCAAUCAGGAAUAAGGAUAGGAACAUUGUAACACUUAUUUUAUCAAGAUUUGUUUAGCCCUCUCACUGUUGAGCGAAUACUAGAUUUUUUCAUCAAUAUAUUUGGGAGGAUAUAAACCGCACUGAUUUGUCGACAAUAUUGCAUCAUAUUCCCCGGUUCUUGGUCAUCAGUUUUUGAGAGGUUUGACCAAAACCAUGGGUUCCUAAAGUGUAGCUCAGCCACCUGCUACCUUGGGCCAAGUGCAGUGUAACACCAUAACCACUUCAUUUGCCCCCUUUAAAAUGUGCUUACAUACAGUACUCAUUGAUUUACAACCAUUGAAUUAUUAUGCUUGGAAUAUGUGUAGAAACGACUUACAUCGCAUAUUUUUCUUUAUUAUUUAUAAGUCUGCGUUGUGUAUGAUGGACGGAUUAAAUUUUUUCCCAGGUGCCUUAACGCUGUGUUUAACAAACCCAAUAUGGGUUACCAAGACCCGUCUUGUACUUCAGUAUGAUGCUGGCCUCGAUCCAUCAAAGCGAGAGUACAGAGGAAUGUUUCAUGCUCUUGGUAAAAUUUACAGGCAUGAGGGCAUACCUGGACUAUAUAAGGUAUGGUUUAUAUACUUUGUAUGGUCUCCUGUAGCAUAGCUGUAUAGUGUACACACAUCUCUGAUCUCCAAUUGUAUUGUAUUCACAGGGUUUCAUACCAGGCUUAUUUGGAACCUCUCAUGGUGCCCUUCAGUUCAUGGCAUAUGAAGAGCUAAAACUUGAGUACAACAAGUACCUGAAUCGCCCAUGCGACACUAAACUGGUAUAGUAACUCACUAGAUAUUACUGUAUCACUGUAAAUUGGAUCUAAAUGUAAAGGCAAGAGUUAUAAUAAGCACACUGCUAAAAACUUUAUUUCUCAGAAAUAUGGUAUGUUAUAGUUCCUCCUCACGACUCCUAUUGGACAGAAAAACCUUCACGUUAACUAAAAAGGAAAUCCUAAUCUUCCCCUCAUUAGUUUGCUGUCCAAUUCCUAUGACGGCACUGUGACUUUCAGAACUUCUAAUUGUAUUUUGGCAUUUGACUGGGUCUUCAAAUCCUUUGUUCCAGGGAGUUCUUUCUCUCUUGAAAGAUGCAGCAUAGGGCGUUUCUCCAAAGCGACCCCAUGCAAAAAUCCCCCUAGUGACUGCCGGUUCCUGCAGUGACCAUACGAGGUAGCAGUCUCUACAUAAACAGACCUGGAUUCUGUCUUGGACUUGUUAUGAAGAAUGACUUGAUGGUGUUAAAAGAUUAUGCUGCACAUACAAGAAGAUGAUAAUAGUAACUUAGAUCUUGUUAUGUCCUUUACGUUUAUAGACUAAACCGGGUAUUGUGGGGAAUCUUCAAGGGAAUUGGAAAUAUUAGAAAAAUGAACAGUUCUCUCGAAUUCUCAGCUUAGGAAAUAAGCAUUCUUGUACUAAAUUGCAAAGUUUUAUAUAACGCUGUUACGAUAUAUCCUUCUAUUUCAAGGUGUGAUAAACAAGCAUAUUUGGUGCACUUAGAAUGAAAAAUAGGGCAGUUGAGUUUAUGGGCAGCCUGUACCUGCAGCCUGGCAUCCUGCCGUGCUCGCCUCCUUUAUGGGUGGUUACUUUGCCAUUCACGCUGACUGCAUCACUGGCAUAAUGUCUCUCCGGCCCCAUCCCUUUGGGCAGGUCUGUAAUAUAUUGUCUGCUUUACCUGUUGCCUGGGAUAGUACUUUCCUUAUAUUUUCUCUGGUUGAACGGACCGUUUCUCUUACAAAUGUAAGGCAAUGUGGCAUUCGGCUGUGAAAUAAUAUAGUUUCUUAAUUGCACUGAUUCUACAGGGAGCUGUAAAGUCACCCUGUGAUUUUCCCCUCGUUCUCGCUGUCUCUCAUUCUCCCUUAUUUGGUAAUUACUAACUUGUGAGCAAGGGACUAUUCUUAAGCUCUGUAUGUUGAGUACUGAUGAAAGCACAUUAACUUCUUGCCCCUUUACUCUCACUGACUCUGAUGACCCAAUUACUUUAUUUAACUUUAAUCUGCAGCCUUAGUUACAUACUGCUUUUGUGAGUUUCAGCAGAAACACAUAUUUAUAUGAAUGCACAUGAAGAAUUAUAGCCCAUAAAAUCACAGUAAUACAGUACUGGCUUUGUCACUGCUUCUAGGCAUAUGUUUUUUUGUUUUUUUUAAUCGUGAGCUACAUGUGUAAUUCUAAUUUAAAGGGACACGCCAAGUAUUUGACCAGAUUUUGUUUAACUUGUAUAUUCGGGUUUCUUCUGGGGUACAAUACAGAAAAAUAUGGACUGAACACGUAGACUUUUUGUUAUGUUUCCCCACAAAAAAAUACUUUUCAAGCCAGGAAAGAUACACUCUGAGUUUUGGGCUGUGUCCUUUAGGGCAGUUUAUGUGUUGAACAUGUGUAUUAAAACUGCAACCUCUACUCGAAACAAGAGAUAGAGGUAGGAGGGUGAGAGCUGUUUGUAAUAGCCAGGGUCGGGGGUCAUCAUGUUACCUGAAUGCAGGCAUAGUAUGGUGUUAUGAUUACAUUAUUGAUAUCACUCAAGUGAGUUCAUCCAUAUAGCACUUCAAAUGGACAAAAAAAAUAAUCAUUUUUAAUUGUAGAUACAUUACCAAUCAAUUAUGAACUGUAGCCUUAGCUAGCCCUCCUUCUUUUUUUUAUUUAUUUAUUUUUUCCCUGAAAGAGUCUGUGUCUUCACAGGGAAAUAACCAUUCUCAUAACCUCUCAUUGAGAAGACUCUGAAUUGGUGCCCUUGCUCCCUGGCUGUCUGACAGAUAAUUUCUCAUAGAAAUCGGCACCUUUUAUAAACUGGAGUUAAAUAGGAUAAUCCACACCCGUAAAGCACUUUAACAAGCUGAAGUGCCUUUGGGGUGUGGAGUGGUCCUUUAAAGGGGUUCCUAAAGCCAUUUUACUGAUUUUGGAACUCUCAUUUAUUGCCGUCUGAUCACAUAUUAGCUCACAUAUACUCUCUGAUUCACAUGGUAACAAAUUAGAGCAUCUUCUGUAGUGCCAGAAAAUUAUUUUUGCCAGAUGCUCCUUUAUCUUUCUUUUUUAAGCACAGUAAAGAAGAGCUUUCAUUUUGUUCUCGUUGGAUGUCCAUCCUUAGAUGUGGGCUUUGAAACCAGCGAUGUUAGAACUGUGACUGCUUACCUUUGGCAUUUGAGAUGGUGAAGACUGCAUUUCCUUUGGUGUUGAGUAAAACGGCCAAAAUUGAUGUAGACUUGUUGUGGAAAGCAAUGACGUUACGAAAGUGAUAACUGGACCUGAAGCAGUUGAAGCAACAUUUUUAAUUCUGCCUCUGGUUUAGCAUCUUGGGAAUUGUUGUCUUCAUCAUCUCCCAUGUCAAGGCUUAACCAUCUGUGGUGCAUUACAGUAUUUUCUGUUGUGUUUUCAUUCAUGUUAUUAGCUGUUAGAAAAAAGUAUUGUGAAAAACGUAAUGUCUGCAGAUUUCCAUUUCUGCCUUUGACAAAGAACAACAUGAGUUAUUUAUUGUCAGAUGGUGAGAUGAGAAAUGAAAGUGUUGUAUUAUUCAUUUUAGGUCAAAUGUACAUCUUUCCUUACCGAUUUUUGAGCAAAUGUUUGUUUUCCUUCACCGUGAACCAAUAAUUAUCAAUAUAUAAUUUAUUUUUUUCCUUUCUAAUUGCAGAGCACUGUGGAAUAUAUAACCAUGGCUGCACUGUCUAAAAUAUUUGCUGUCACGACGACAUACCCUUAUCAAGUGGUUCGCGCCCGGCUACAAGAUCAGCACAAUAAGUACAACGGAGUCAUAGAUGUAAUAAGCAGGACGUGGAGGUAUGAACCUGCUUUUGUUUUUGAGUGAAGCAUGCAAUUAAAAUGUAUGAAAGAGGCAAAUGUCAUUUUAAUAAUUUUUUUUUUUUUUUUUUGAAAAUACUGCGCUCUGCCUACGUUUAGACUUGGUUUGCCUUGCUUGUGGAAGUGUCUUCCAUGUUGCUGACAUGCCUGUGUCUGAACGGACAUAAGUCACUCCGUUCAUAUACUCUUCUAGAGCAAGAAGUACUGGCAAGAGGAGUAACCAUAGCAACCACUGUGUGCGCAGUGGUUGCUGUGUCAUAGAGCAGGAGGACCACCUGAAGGAAUUGUCUCCUCUUCUCCCAGUCAGUCAGUUAGUUUUGUGCCAAAGAAUUGAUUGACAGGUGGGUGGACGAAAGGUUUUGAUUUUCUCCCAUUCUAUACAUUUCUUAGCAAUUUUACAAACAGAAUGUAUUGAUGUGAUUUGUAUUCUCUUUAAAAUGAGCACAAAUGGCAUUUUAAUAUAUUAUAUAGAUAAUACAUUAAAAAAAAUAUGCAAGAAGCACCAAUAAUUAAAUGUGAAAAAAUUAAAUAUGCUCAUUUUUUUCAACAAAUUUCCUAGCAUUAUUUUGCUGAUCAGCCAGUUAGGAUGCUUCAUAAAUGAUGGAAAUUGUAGAUAAGUACAGCACAACUCCCUAAAACUCUCACUAUAGUUGCUGGUCACAUUAACAACUGUGUAAAAACACUGCAAGUACAGAGAGUUUGGGCUUCUGGUCACAUUAGCAAUCAGCAAAGAGGAUGUGUUUUAGAAUGUGAGAGGUGGGGCGGAGGAGGGUUCAGGGCAAUGAUGAAGAUUUUAGUUUCCCCUAAACCUAUACAAAAAAAGUAAGACUAAAAGCUAUAAAAGACAUAACGGUGUUGUUGGUGCCUGGAGUGUCUUUUUAAAUGUCUAUCAAUCUGAGGAACAUGGUUUGUAAAUGCUGUGGACUGCGUCUGCUACUAGUUUGCAUUGGUUUGGGAACCUCUGUCCUGACCACAUCAUUAAAGAUUAUUUCUCUUUUCCCGCUGUCUUUAAAGGAAAGAAGGAGUUCAUGGACUUUACAAAGGACUCAUUCCUAACAUACUUAGAGUCACGCCGGCUUGCUGCAUAACGUUCGUGGUGUUUGAGAAAGUGUCGCAUUUCCUCUUUGACUUGAGAAAACCUAAAGAGUGAAACAAAAGCUUCUUUCAACGCACUUUAAACCGAUAUCACCUGACCUGCCGUAAAGCGUCACUCGUGGAAGUUGAGCCGGAAAGAACAUAUUUUGAGGAUGAUUGACUGUGAAAAAAGUCUUGAAUGGUUCUUCUGUUUUAAAUUUAACUCACAAUUUAAAGGGAACCUCUAGACUAAAACAAUAGUUCUGUUUUAUUUAUUUUUUUCUUUUCUGUUUGGUGUAAUGCUUUAAAUUUGAAUUUGUAAGUUAAAUAAUAUUUUUAUUUUCAAUGAAUUAUUGAGGAUAUUUUUCUACACCUCAGUUCUUUUAACUACUUUGCAUAACUUGCAGUUUACAAGUAGCUUUGAAAGUAAAUUUCAAGGCAAUAGAUAUGAUGGCUGUUUUGUGUUCAGCCCAUUGCCAAUAAACCUAUGCAUUGCUUAUUUGGUACUACAUUGCAAUCUAAUUCCUGUUAUUAUUAUCGGCAUCAUUUAAUUAGCACCAACAUAUUCUGCAGCGCUUUACAACUAUAAAAUGGGGAUAUUUGACAAGUAAUUUACAUGCAGGAUAUAACAAAGACAAGAGUUUCUGCUUACAAUCGAUGAAUGAUUCUCAUCCUCUUGAUAUGCAUUUUGUAAAUUGUACAUAAUAGAAUUGUCAGGCUCCUCCUACACUUUGCUGAUUUAGAAUACUCCGUAAAAUGAAAGCAG